UCAUCUCCUGGGCCAUCUACUACCUGUACAACUCCUUCACCACGACCCUGCCAUGGAAACAGUGUGACAACCCGUGGAACACUGACCGCUGCUUCUCCAACUACAGCCUGGUCAAUACCACCAACAUGACCAGCGCCGUGGUGGAGUUCUGGGAGCGCAACAUGCACCAGAUGACAGAUGGACUGGACAAGCCAGGACAGAUCCGCUGGCCUCUGGCCAUCACACUGGCCAUUGCCUGGGUGCUCGUGUAUUUCUGCAUCUGGAAGGGUGUUGGUUGGACUGGAAAGGUUGGUUUCUUCAUGGUUUGUGGCUGCUUUUUUCCCCUAAUACUGAGGAUCUCAGAAUCCAAUAAGUGGGGGGGGGGUCACAUCAGACUUUGGGGCAGCCAGAGUCACAAAGAAGCACUGUGCAAACCAGUUCCUUAGUGAUGGGUCUGACAAAAGACAAAGUUUAAACAUACUCUGCAACACAGAGGCCACCAUACCCUGCCAUCUGCAGUUCCAUUUCCAGAAGGUUCUCAAGCAACAUAGGUCACAAGCUGGGAGAAGUUGGUGGUUUUAGAUUUGGUAGUUGCACAGCUGGACGUUUUCCCAAGCGUGGAAUGAUACUUUCUAAGAUAAAGAUUUGUAUACAGACAGGUUCUGUGUUGCAUUUAGAUCUCCAUAUAGCUGGAAAGCUGGAGCGGGGAGCUGGAACCUCCCAAAGGACUUUCUGUAAUUAAAGAUCAUUUUCUUCCUGAGACAGUGAAGCAAUGAUUAGGAACGAGCUUGGCCUGUGUGUUUUAGCUUCACACACUUGUUAAAGAGGCCAUUUUUUCUUUUUUCUUUUCCUUUUUUUUUUUUUUUUUGCAUUUGUGCUCUUUUGCAAGGACAUGUGCUCAACUGUACAGAACAAGUGAGAACCAAAAUGUUAUAUGAUUGUCAGACACCUACCAAGGGUCCACUGAAUGCCAUAGACUGCCCUAAGCAUUGGGAGAACAGAGAUGUCAGCCGGGACCUGUCCCUCAUGUAACCAGUAGGAGCUGUCUAUGGGACCUUGUGUGCAUGUCCACUUGGACUUAAACUCUCCCUGUUGUCAUUUGUGUCACUCAGAUAAUGUAGAAAUAAAAAAAAAAAAUAGAGAGAUGGGGGCUGGGUGUGGUGGCACACAUCUCUAAUCUCAGCUUUGCAGAGGUAGAGAUAGGUGGCUCUGUGCGUACCAGACCAGUCAGAACUACAUAAUGAGACAAAUAAACAAACACCCACUACCACCAAACCCCCAAAUUAGCGCUCACUUCUGUAACCCAAACACUCUGGAUGAGGAUCACUGUGAGUUUGAGGCCAUCUCUGAGCUUCACAGAGAGUUCUAAGCAUGGGGCAUGGCCUCUGGCUCUGUGUGUGUGUGUUGGGGCGGGGGUGGGGGGAGGCGUGGCGUGUCUUCCCUCCCAGAAUUGUGAGUCUUUCUCCUUGCCUGGCCAAAGACAGGCACUGGCCUCACGCACCUGGGAGGAGAAGGGACAGAGGAUAGCCAACAGGAAUGGGGGAGGUGCUAACCAGUGGUGGAGACUCCAUGGAGGGGCUUCAGAAAGGUGGGCACGCCUACCAGGCUAGAAAUCCAGGGAUGGGGCGGCUCCAGGAGGAGGAGGAGGAACAGAUCUGGUGUUGCGGAGAGGGGCAGCCCUGCAGUCCUUUGCUUGUAGGUGGUCUACUUCUCAGCCACGUACCCCUACAUCAUGCUUAUCAUCCUGUUCUUCCGUGGAGUGACGCUUCCCGGGGCCAAGGAGGGGAUCCUCUUCUACAUCACACCCAACUUCCGAAAGCUGUCUGAUUCUGAGGUGUGGCUUGACGCCGCCACCCAGAUCUUCUUCUCCUACGGGCUGGGCCUGGGGUCCCUGAUUGCUCUGGGAAGCUACAACUCUUUCCACAACAAUGUGUACAGGGACUCCAUCAUCGUUUGCUGCAUCAACUCCUGCACCAGCAUGUUUGCCGGAUUCGUCAUCUUCUCCAUCGUGGGCUUCAUGGCUCAUGUCACCAAGAGGUCCAUAGCUGAUGUGGCAGCCUCAGGCCCGGGGCUGGCAUUCUUGGCGUACCCUGAGGCUGUGACACAGCUACCCAUCUCUCCCCUCUGGGCUAUCCUCUUCUUCUCCAUGCUGCUGAUGCUGGGCAUUGACAGCCAGUUCUGUACCGUGGAGGGCUUCAUCACUGCCCUGGUGGACGAGUACCCCAGACUUCUCCGCAAUCGCCGUGAACUCUUCAUUGCUGCCGUGUGCAUCGUGUCCUACCUGAUUGGCCUGUCUAACAUCACCCAGGGUGGCAUUUAUGUCUUCAAACUGUUUGAUUAUUACUCUGCCAGCGGCAUGAGCUUGCUGUUCCUGGUUUUCUUCGAGUGUGUCUCCAUUUCCUGGUUUUAUGGUGUCAACCGGUUCUAUGACAACAUCCAGGAGAUGGUUGGCUCCAGGCCCUGCAUCUGGUGGAAGCUGUGCUGGUCCUUUUUCACACCCAUCAUUGUGGCGGGCGUGUUUCUCUUCAGUGCUGUGCAGAUGACACCACUCACCAUGGGAAGCUAUGUUUUCCCCAAGUGGGGCCAGGGCGUGGGCUGGCUCAUGGCUCUGUCCUCCAUGGUGCUCAUCCCCGGGUACAUGGCUUACAUGUUCCUCACCCUGAAGGGCUCCCUGAAGCAGCGUCUCCAGGUCAUGAUUCAGCCCAGUGAAGAUAUUGUGCGCCCUGAGAAUGGCCCUGAGCAGCCGCAGGCUGGCAGCUCAGCCAGCAAGGAGGCCUACAUCUAGGGGUGCAGCCCCCCAUCACCCCUACACUGGCACUCUGGACUGGCUGUACCCACACCCCUUGAAGACUGAAGAUACUCUCUGUCUCCACCUACCUCAAGGGGCAGGUCCAGACACCAUGACCAUGCAGAGAGGGGCGGUGGGGGACAGUCUGACCCUGGGUGGGCCCUGAGUGGGCAGCCGCCUCUGGAGGCUUCCGUAGAGGCCCCUUAGCAGGAGCAGGUGGCUAGCCUUUGUCACUGCCACUGUAGCUCCUUUUUAUGCUGCCAGAGAGGGUGAUAGCUGCGGCCACACGCUCCUGGCUUUUAGUCUUUUUUUUUUUUUUUCAGACUGUUGUCCUGUGCCCCAACUAUAGACUGUUAUCCAGACUUUUCUGCCCGCCUUGGCUCUGAACUGGUCAUGGACCGGGGCUUCGGCAUUUUGUUCAUGGCCGCUGGGAGCCAGCAGGCUCUGCCUCUUCCUUCUCAAUUUCUCCUUCCUGAGGCAGCUUCCAGGACCCACCCCCAGACUGUUCACAGAUCAGUGCGGAGAGGGUCCUCUGUCCCUGUGACCCUGUGACCCGGGCAGCUCAGUGUCCCCUGCCCUACCUCCCCAGGUGGCAUUAACAACAACAGCCCAUCCAGAAGGGUCCUGUGUACUGGGAAGGAACAAAAGAAAUCACAAGCACAAUUGCCUUUUUUGGUCACCAUCCCAGGACUUUCCCCAAGUGGGAGCUGUGGUCCUUCUGAGCUGCCCAGUUUGGCACAAACAAUGACCAAGGAAAUCAAGGUGAAGGUUCUAAGUCAGGACCAAUCCAGCUCACUCUGGUUUCCCUCUUAGACUGUCACUGCCACUCUGUUCUGGUGUCCCCCCUCACCUUUCUGGAAAACUUUCAGAUGUACACGCCCACUCAUGGAGCAGGGUUACUCCAGAGGCUCCGCCCACCCUACCCUGGCAUUAAGCUUCCCUUGCUAGCCUGUUCUAGUGGGGACAUCGCAUGUCCCUUCUGGCCUUGGGUUCUGUGUUGGUGAAGCCAGCGGAGACAGUUUCUGGAAAGUUCCAGAAGCUCUGUCUCUCUCCUCUGCGGAGAGGGUGGACUCCCAUGUAGCAAAGCGUAUGUCUCGUCCCGUAGCUUCUUAGCUUGAUAGCUCACAAACUGUGUUUAUGACUAAUCCUUAAUAACUAUGGUGAAUAACUGUGACCGUGGGUUUUUUGAAUCUCUUGUCAUUCUCAUCCAGAAGUGACCAGCACACCAGUUCUUGCAAUAAGCUAUCUCCCUCCCUCAGAGCAUUAAGCACACUGUAGAGAAUGCAGACACGUAUGCACAUAGAAAUGCACACACAUGCAUACCCAUCCUCACAUGUGGCAUUUAGCGUCCCGUGUGAUAUUGUGUAGGCAAUCUACCAGCUCUUCCCGAGGCCACUUGUAACAGGGUUGUGUGGCUGAGGCAUCUGCCUGCUCGGUGGAGACUCUGCGACUGACCAGCGUGCACAGAUGCCUGUCGACAGAGUCCCAGGUGUGGAAUGCAAGGACCCUCCACUGUGUCUCGUGGCCUCAACCCCACCCCACCCCCACCUGUGUAGGAAGCCCUUUAGGAUGAGGGCAGGAGGUCUCCUUCUUGCUGCUCGGUGUUCUUUGAUGUGAAACUGAGAACAAGUCUUUUUGAGAUAAAUGCAGUGUAUUUCAUGUUUGUAAGCACCUCUGAGAUGUUUGGCAAGAAAUCCCCUGAUUUCCACCCAAACUUACCUUAUAGAGCACAACGUUAAAGGUCGUACAAUUACUGUGAGAACUGUGAAUAUGUGUAACUUUUUUUUUCAGUUUUUGCCCAGAGGGAAGAAGAUAAUUGUAUUAUCAUAUAUGCUUUCUUUUUUUUGCAAUAAGGAUUUAUUCUCAGAACACCAAGUAAAUUUAUCUCUAUAUAAAAGUAUAUGUAAUAUAUGCCUAUUCAGACUAUAUACAGAGCCUGUUUUAAAAAAAUUACAGUAUUAUUUAGUAAAAUUAUCUGUUCUAUGGACCAAAUGUAAAAUAUUUAUACAUGAAGAUGUGUUUUAAAUGUCUAUCAAAUGGAAUCACAGCUAGAACACGGGCGUCAUGUACGUUUCUAAGAAUUUAGAGGAAAAAUAAUAAAGGUUCUAUGAUAUAUGG